UCAAUCUCAAAGUCAAUCCAUUUCCAUCCAAAACCAACCCUCUUCUCCAUUAAUUCUUUUGUUUCUGCUCUCUUUGAUUAAUGGAGUCGGAUUCAAACAAUUUGGGAAAACCAGAAACUCCCAGUAAUUCGGAGGCUGAAGCUCAUGAAGGAGGAGGAGAAGAAGAAGAAGAAGAAGAAAGGGACCCUGAAAGCAAUUCAUUACGUCAGCCACUUCUCAAAAGAAACAGAACCCUUUCUUCCACUCCACUAGCCUUGGUUGGAGCCAAGGUCUCCCAUAUAGAGAGUUUGGAUUACGAGAUAAAUGAAAAUGAUAUUUUCAAGCAUGAUUGGAGAAGCAGGUCCAAGGUUCAAGUUUUGCAGUACGUUUUCUUGAAAUGGUCAUUGGCUUUCCUAGUUGGAUUGUUAACAGGAUUAAUUGCUACACUUAUCAAUCUUGCAAUCGAGAACAUUGCUGGCUACAAGCUUCUUGCUAUUGUUGGUUUCAUCGAGGAGGGAAGGUAUAUAUCCGGGUUGAUCUUUUUCACCGGGAUCAAUUUUUUUCUCACCUUGGUUGCUGCAGUUCUCUGUGUGUGUUUUGCCCCAACCGCAGCCGGUCCUGGUAUUCCUGAAAUCAAGGCUUAUCUCAAUGGAGUUGAUACUCCUAACAUGUUUGGUGCCACAACAUUGCUUGUCAAGAUUGUUGGCAGCAUUGGAGCAGUUUCUGCCGGUCUAGAUCUGGGGAAAGAAGGGCCUUUAGUGCAUAUUGGGAGUUGCAUUGCUUCAUUACUUGCACAAGGAGGGCCUGAUAAUCACCGUAUCAAGUGGCGUUGGCUUCGCUACUUCAACAAUGAUCGGGAUCGCAGAGAUAUUAUCACCUGUGGUUCAUCCUCAGGUGUUUGUGCAGCUUUCCGUGCCCCAGUGGGAGGUGUCCUAUUCGCUCUUGAAGAAGUUGCAACAUGGUGGAGGAGUGCCCUUCUCUGGAGAACUUUCUUUAGCACAGCAGUUGUGGUGGUGGUUCUAAGGGAGUUCAUCGAAAUCUGCAAUUCCGGGAGAUGUGGCCUUUUCGGAUCAGGAGGGUUGAUCAUGUUCGAUGUUAGCGAUGUUAAAUUCAGCUACCAAGCCAUGGAUGUAAUCCCAGUUAUCAUUAUUGGAAUCAUUGGUGGACUUUUGGGAAGCCUAUAUAAUCAUGUUCUCCAUAAGGUCCUCAGACUCUACAAUCUCAUUAACCAUAAGGGGAAAAUGCAUAAACUACUUCUAGCUCUUGCAGUCUCUAUUUUCACCUCAGUGUGCCAAUAUUGUCUUCCGUUUCUAGCCCAAUGCAGAGCUUGUGAUCCAUCUUUUACGGAGACUUGUCCUACAAAUGAUCGGUCCGGGAAUUUCAAACGGUUUAACUGUCCUGACGGCUACUAUAAUGAUUUAGCUACCCUCCUCCUUACCACUAAUGAUGAUGCUGUUCGAAACAUUUUCUCAACCAACACUUCAUCUGAAUUCCAUGUUUCCUCCAUUUUAAUCUUUUUUGGACUUUAUUGCAUCUUAGGACUCGUUACUUUUGGCAUUGCUGUUCCUUCUGGACUCUUCCUCCCUAUCAUCCUCAUGGGCUCAGGUUAUGGUCGGCUUCUCGGUAUCGCCAUGCAAUCAUAUACAAACUUAGACCAGGGGCUUUAUGCUGUUCUUGGUGCCGCCUCUCUUAUGGCCGGCUCAAUGAGGAUGACCGUGUCACUUUGUGUCAUAUUCCUUGAACUCACAAACAACCUUCUUCUGCUGCCAAUAACAAUGAUGGUCCUUUUGAUUGCGAAAACUGUUGGGGACUGCUUCAACCCCAGUAUCUAUGAGAUUAUAUUAGAACUUAAAGGCCUCCCUUUCCUGGAUGCAAAUCCUGAACCCUGGAUGAGAAAUCUCACAGUUGGUGAGCUUGCUGAUGUCAAGCCACCAGUAGUCACUCUUUGUGGGGUGGAAAAGGUUUCACGUAUCGUGGACGUAUUGAAGAACACUACACAUCAUGCAUUCCCCAUUGUAGACCAGGGCGUGGUAGUGCCAGGCACCAUAGCUGCCAGUGCAACCGAACUGCACGGACUGAUCCUAAGAGCUCACCUUGUUCAAGCCCUGAAGAAGAAAUGGUUCCUGCCAGAGAAAAGAAGAACCGAGGAAUGGGAAGUGAGGGAGAAAUUCAACUGGGUGGAGCUUGCUGAAAGGGAACUCAAGAUUGAGCAGGUGGCGGUGACCCGCAAGGAAAUGGAAAUGUAUAUUGAUUUACAUCCUCUCACCAAUACAACCCCUUACACUGUGGUGGAAAGCAUGUCAGUGGCUAAAGCCAUGGUUCUAUUCAGGCAAGUCGGGCUCCGGCAUCUACUCAUUGUGCCGAAGUAUCAAGGGGCGGGGGUGGCUCCUGUUGUUGGGAUCUUGACCAGGCAGGAUUUACGGGCUUACAACAUUUUGGCUGCCUUUCCUCAUCUAGCAAGACCCAAGCUUUCUUAACAGAAAAUAAGUCUAAUAUUUGAACCACACAUCUUUUGGUUCAUCUUUCUAAGUUUAACUCUUC